AUGAGUGAAUUCCAAUCCACACUCAAAAAACUCGAAAGUAACAAAGCUGUAAAAUCUGCUGUUAUUAUCGGACAAAAUGGAGAAGUCAUAUACCCAGAUGUAACAAAAGAAAAUCAAAAGUUAAUAGAAACGAUUACGCAAAAAGCUUUCCCUUUUGUAGAACAAGCAAGAAUACUCGUUAAAAAUCUUGAUGUAUCAAAUGAUUUGUCAUUUUUACAUUUCAAAAGUGGGAAAGAAGAAAUUAUGAUUGCACCUGGAGACAACGAAGCUUUGAUUGUUUUAUCUGACAUUUCAAAAGUAGAUAGCUAA